AUGUCUUCGGCUGCCGGGAAGCCUGGACAUGACGUGGUAUUGAAACCUGGUGAACAAGCGGUCAAUACCGGUUCCAAUAUCCAAACGGUUAAAGCCGACCUGAAUUCACUUGCCUGGAAAGAUGGAAAGAUGAAAUUUCAGGAUGCCAGCGUUCAGGAAAUUAUGCGGCAGGUGGCCAGAUGGUAUGAUCUGAAAAUAGUCUAUCAAGGCACUAUCAGUACAGACACUUUUACCGGUGCGAUCAGCCGUCAAUCUGACCUGGCUACUUUAUUAAAGAUGUUUGAAGCCACCCAAAUCAACUUUGAAGUGCAGCACAGCCCAUCAGGAAAUUUUGAUGACAUCAAUCCUAAUGAUGUCGAAUCCGUAACGCUUCUUAAGGAUGCAGCAGCAGCUUCUAUCUGGGGCGCCAGAGCUGGGAACGGUGUGAUUGUAAUCACGACAAAGAAGGGUUCAACAAGCAAGCCAAAGAUCAAUCUCGUUUCAAACCUUUCAUUCGUAUCAAGAACCGAUCUUUCAAGUUUAAAUACGAUCACCAGCGCAGAUUAUAUCGAACUUGAAAAGCUUUUGUUUUCGAAGGGCUAUUAUUCUGGUGAUGAGGCUUCAAUAGCCAAUACCCCUCUUACACCUGUUGUUGAAUUGUUAAUUGCAAAAAGAGAGGGUAAAAUUGAUCCGACAAUUGCGGAUCGUCAAAUCGAAGCCUUUAAAAAUUAUGAUUCCAAUACUGAGAUCGAAAGAAAUCUAUACCGGUCAGCUAUUAAUCAACAAUAUCAGAUGAAUAUCAGCGGACAGACCCCCAAUUUAAACUAUUAUUUUUCUGCCGGUAUGGAUGAAAGUCCAGGAACGUUGGUCGGUAACAAGGGAGACAAUCGGAUUUCCAUCCGCUCAAGUAACAAUUUUCUGAUUACACCGAAGUUUUCUUUUGAAGCGGGUUUAAAUUAUGUACAAAGCCUUACUAAUAGAGGAAACAAUCCAGGGUACUUGUUGAGUUCCGGAGGAAAUAAAUCACUCUAUCCAUAUGCCAGAUUAGCCGAUGAGGCAGAAACCAGAUCAACAGGUUCACACAAGUUGCUACUGGAACUAAUGUCAUCACCAGGCCAAUUCCUUUAG